CUGGUGAACUGUUUCUGUACGCUAGCAAUUUGUGCAGGCUUAUUUUUAACUAUUUCUCUUCACAUGGUCUUCCACAUAAUAAUCUCACAUUAGUUCCAACUCGACCAAAGGAGGGCUGGCUCGUUGGUGUAUUAACUGGUUUAUUCCAGCAUUGAGCGGAAUCAAAUCCCGCGACCCAGCACCUUGGAGAAAAGGGGUCAGGGGAAGUUAUUAUAAUGGUGCAUAGCACCGGAUACCAAAAAAAAACACAAGUCUCAGCUCUUAACCCAUUCUUUGUUUCUUGUAAAUCCUUAAUUGAUUCGGUCACCCUACAUUAGUAGGAGUAGGUGCCAUCCACUCUCUCUCUCUCUCUCUCUCUCUCACCUGGUUUUGAAGGAAGGAGGAUGCAUCGGUAUCAGUUCGAGAAAGCAUGAGUUGCAGAAGCAGUGGACUCCAUUUCUUGUGGAGAGUCUGGAGACUUACUCCACUUGUUUUUCUUCUUCUGGCGUUUCAAUCUCUUGGGCUUAAUACUGACGGAAUUCUCUUGCUUUCCUUCAAGUACUCUGUUCUCAGUGACCCUUUGUCUGUUUUAGAGAGCUGGAACUACGAAGACCAAACUCCGUGCUCAUGGAACGGAAUUACUUGUGCCGGAUUCGGAAUACCCGGCACCGGCGAUACAUUUCGCGUUACCCGCUUGCAUCUCCCAGAUAGUCAGCUCCUAGGUUCGAUUCCGCCCGAUUUGGGCAUGCUCGAGCACCUCCAACAUCUUGAUCUCUCCAAUAAUUUCCUCAAUGGGUCCCUUCCAACCACGCUUUUCAACUCAUCUGAGCUCCGGAUACUCUCUCUUUCCAACAACGUGAUUUCCGGCGCGUUACCAGAAUCAAUCGGAGGACUGAAGAGUCUUGAAUUCCUCAACCUCUCCGACAAUGCCUUAGCGGGAAAGAUUCCUCAGAACCUCACUGCUCUACAAAAUCUCACGGUCGCUUACUUGAGCAACAAUUACUUUUCGGGUGAUGUUCCGAGUGGUUUCAAAACCAUUCAAGUCUUAGAUCUGUCCUCCAAUUUGAUUAACGGGUCGUUGCCACCAGAUUUUGGUGGAAACAACAUACGUUACUUGAAUCUUUCAUACAAUAGGCUCUUUGGACGGAUUCCGCUGGAAUUCGCGAAACAAAUUCCAGGGAACGUCACACUUGACCUCUCGUUCAACAAUCUCACCGGAGAAGUUCCGCAAGCCGUACCUUUUCUCAACCAGAGAAAGGAAUCUUUUGCUGGGAACCUGGAUCUGUGCGGGAGACCACUUAAGAACCCCUGUGCGAUUCCUUCCAUGCCAUCCACUCCGCCCAAUGUCUCCACGACCACUUCUCCUCCUGCAUUUGCAGCGAUUCCCAAAACCAUAGAGCCUGCUCCAGUCACUGGAUCACCUGGAGCGGCUAAUGAUACUAGUCAAAAGCAAGGGCAGAAUAGCCUGAGACCAGGAACUAUAGCAAGCAUCAUCUUUGGUGAUCUAGCAGGAAUCGGUAUUCUAGCCAUGAUUUUCUUGUACAUUUACCAUCUAAGGAAGAGAAAGAAGAAGGUGGUUAGUAGUACAGGUAGUUCAGAGAAGAAAGAUGAAACGGGAGGGAAGGAGAGCUGGCCGUCGUCAUCAUUUUCAACGGAACCGAAAGGACUGGCAUGGUCGUGCCUGGGAAAGAAAGGAGGGAACAGCGAAGAGACGUCAGAGGCGACCGGCUCGGAUAGUGAGGAAGACGAAGAGGAAAAGGUGGAGCAGGAGCAGCAAGAUCAGCAGAAAGGAGGAGGAUCUCUUGUGACGGUAGACGGAGAAACAGAGUUGGAGCUGGAGACUCUGCUCAAGGCCUCGGCUUAUAUACUAGGAGCAACUAGUUCGAGCAUAGUGUACAAGGCGGUGCUGGAGGACGGAACGACCCUGGCUGUGCGGAGAAUCGGUGAGAGCGGUGUCGAGAGGUUCAAGGAUUUCGAGAAUCAGGUCAGGCUCAUAGCUAAAUUGCGCCAUCCCAAUCUGGUACGCAUACGAGGGUUCUACUGGGGUUCCGACGAGAAGCUCGUCAUCUACGAUUACGUCCCUAAUGGGAGCCUCGCCAAUGCCAGUUACAAGAAAAUGGGGUCAUCACCGUGCCGCCAUCUACCUUGGGAAGUGCGGCUCAACAUAGCAAAGGGAGUGGCGCGGGGACUAGCCUAUCUCCACGACAAGAAACACGUACACGGAAAUCUGAAGCCAAGCAACAUCCUGUUGGGUGCGGAUAUGGAACCCAGAAUCGGAGAUUUCGGGCUAGAAAGGCUGGUGUGGGGCGGAGACAGCAGCUACAAGAGCAACAACGGCUCCUUCCGCCAUUUUGGAAGCAAGAGGUCCACUGUAUCUCGCGAUAGUUUUCAAGACCUUCCAACAGGUGCCAGCCCCAGCUUAUGCGGAUCCCCCUAUCAGGCACCCGAGGCGCUCAAGAGCCUGAAGCCCAAUUCUAAGUGGGACGUUUUCUCGUACGGGGUGGUGCUGCUUGAGCUGCUGACAGGGAAGGUCCAUUCCGACAUGGAUUUGGGGCUUUGGAACACGGCGGCGGUGGACGAGAAGAACCGGAUUUUGAGGAUGGCUGACGUGGCAAUUCGAGCUGAAUUGGAAAGCAAGGAGAAGGAGGAGGCCUUUGCAACCUGCUUUAAGUUAGGGUACGGUUGUGCGUCCGCACUCCCACAAAAGAGACCCUCCAUGAAAGAAGUGGCUCAAAUCCUCGAUAAGAUGCCAUCUUCUCCUCAUUAUUAUAAUCACUAACGUUAAUCCAUGGAGGCCCCGUUCCCAGCCCACCGCCCCACCAAUGCAAAGAUAUGACAUAUGGGCCAUGCAAACUUCUCUUUAACUAGAGAGUGAGGGAUGAGUGUUGUAUGUACGAUUGACUAAUUGAUUGUUAAUUAAUGUAAGACAGAUAACUUGAGAUGGUGAUUGAUGGUAAGAUCGUUCUAUGAUUGUCCGCCCGUACGCACGAGAGAGAGAGAGAGAUUGUUUUCUGCAGUGUCGAUUUGUCCAUUAACUUUGUAAUGCUAAGGACUAAUGAGACAGGACCUUGAUGUGUAGUUAAUUAAAGAAUUUGAGGGCUA